AGUAGCUACUCAAAAAAUGUCAAAGUUUUGACGCGCAAAUGAGACCAAUCAGCAAGACCAACGUCGCUGAUUGACUUUAUCAAUACUACCUGCCGGGAAAACUACACCUAUUUUUUCAAUUCCCCGGAUAGCAGUCGCUUUACUAAUUUUUAUUCAAUGUACGUAGAUAAGACGAACUAUUACAAUCAAGCUCUCAACAACCGUGCUAUGAUAAUUAUGGCGAAUCAUAGAUUAUUAAGCACCUGCUGCAUUCUUUUUAUUUAUAAACCCUAUCGGAAUUUUAUUAUCAGUAAAUUAACAAGGAAGCUGGUGAGAAAACGAAACGGGACAUCAGUUACUUCUUUAUAACAAUCUUUAUAACAAAAUUUAUAUGCCCCUAAAUAGUGCUUUCAGAAAAUAGCAAGUAUUCUUGGAAUUUUUAAAUAUUAAAUGCAGACGCUUCCAUGAUGUUUGUAGGCGACAGCUGAAAAAAUUUUGAAAUAUAAAAAAUGAAUUCUGCAAAAUUGGAAAUAAAAUUAAAUUGUUCAAAUAAGUUGAGCUCAAGUUUAUUGCUACCUAAAAAAUUCAUAUGUAUUUGCUGCAUUUUUAUGCAUUUACAACUGUUUUCUCUUGGUUAUUUGCCAUAUAAAAUUAUACAAUGACUUGGCCAAACCUUAUCAAUUCUACCUGCCGAGAAAACUACACCUACUUUGACUCUUCGGAUUACCUACGCAAUGCAUAUCAUGUCACAGCAAUAUUUACAGUCCCACUAUCAAUUCUGACAUUUUAUAUAAUAUUAAAAAAGACCCCGAGUAGAAUGAAAACCAUGAAAGUGCCACUUUUAAUAUCCCAUGCUUCGAGCACAAACCUUGAUUUAAUGUUUACCGUAUACUCAGCCCCCUAUGCAUUUUUCCCGACCGCUUCUGGAAAAUCACUAGGAGUUCUAGGAUGGCUCGGUGUCGGAGUCAGAUGGCAGGCCUAUUGGGGUCAUUUUUCUGUGAUGAUGCUCGGUGUGAGCUUCAUCAUUUUGUAUGAAAACCGGCAGAGUCAAAUUUCGACGGUGAAGUUUAAAAUCCAAAGGAAACAAACUCGUAUUUUAUAUUUUGCCUGUAGAUAUUUAUUCUCGUUUGUUAUAUUGCUUCCAUUCUAUAUAGAUGGCUCGGAUCAGGUCGUGUUAAGGAAAUCCGUGUUAAAGCAAAUCCCGUGUCCCACAAUUGAAUUUUUUGAUUCCCAAACCUAUGUCUUAUUGAGACCAGACGAAAUCCUCCCGCUAUUUUCAAAUAUUAUCGGAUUCGGGGGUAUUCUUGCUGAGAUCUUUUUCUUCCUAUUUCACACUGUAUACCAUCUAACAAUGGUAGGGAACACAUCGACUUCAGAGACAACGAAAAAAAUGCAGAGGAAGUUUUUGAAGAUUGUCUCGUUGCAGAUCUCAAUUCCCUUGAUAGCAAUUGCCUUGCCAGUCUUAUUCACUUUGUAUGCGGGCACGAUGAGCUAUUAUAAUCAAGCUGCUAACAACAACGCGAUGAUAAUUAUGGCUAAUCACGGAUUGCUGAGCACCUGCUGCACACUUUUUAUCUAUCAACCGUAUAGGGAUUUUAUUAUGAGAAAAUUAACAGGAAGUCCGGUGGAAGAAAUACCAGUGGCCACAAUACAAGUUAUUUCUUUAUGAUUAACAAUUUAUCAAUUAUUUUUGAAUUAAUAAAUCGUUA